CUGCUAAUGUAAAUGCAUCGAAUUGAAGAAUUUCAUUGUGAAGAAGCUUCCGCGAUUCUUCUGGUUGCUUACUUGCAAGAACAUUCUCAAAUACGUGAAUAGGAGUAUUGUAACGCUUAUUUGCCCAUUCAACGAUUGGUCUCCAGUGCUUUUCUUGAAGUUCGACCAACUGACUAGGCUUGUCUUCAAAGUAGCAAGUGGCGUCGGUUUCAAAGUACUUUAUGAGCUUAUCACAGGUCUCGAUCCUCUCAGAUUGGUCCUUGAAGGAAUCCAAUGCUCUGGAUGCUAAAGAAGUGAUAGGAAGAGCGUGGGCCUUGAUAACCUUAUCCUGUGACUGCCACUCGUGAGCUAUUAAAAGAGCGAGAGCGCCUUUGUUUGAAGGCAGAUCUAUAACGUUCCCAGCUGGAGUUCUCAACUUUCUGGUGUCGAGGUGUACGAUGUGUCUUCCAUUUGAGUUACUAACGUUUGCCGUUUUCCAAAAUCUUUUCAUGGUACGUUCAGCAGCUGUAUAAUGUAUUAGAAUAGGCGUCAGGUUCUGUAUCCACCCACCAGCUGCUUGUGACUUCGCAGCAACAUCUGUAAUCUCAGCAACGGCUUCUGAGAGAAGAGAAUUAAAUCUAGGGCGUCCUAUAGAUUUACUAAUGAAGCUAUUGUUGCUAAUUUUUCUUAAUAACAUCAAAAGUAUUUUUAUCAAUCAGCGUAUCUCACAAGCUUCUUGAGAUACUUUCAAGUCGAUGUUGCAAAUUAUAGCGGUCGUUAUAUCUCUAGUCGUAGCAGUCUAUAUCUUCAAAGAUAAGCUCUACAGUCAAGAGAAAACAUCAGAGAGCGCACCAGUUGUCAGCUCAGCUACACGCAACAUCGUAGAAAAGAUGGAAUCAACUAGAAAGCGUAUCAUUAUAUUCUACGGUUCACAGACAGGCACAGCAGAGGAAUAUGCCCUUAAGAUCGCCAAAGAGUUAAAGCAUAAAUACGGUUUAGGUGUUAUUAUUGCAGAUUUAGAUGACUACGAUUUCGAUAGCUUCUCAAAAUUCAACCAAGAUUGGGCUGCUGUCUUUGUUAUGGCAACUUACGGUGAAGGUGAACCAACCGAUAACGCCGUAGCCUUCAUGGAAUUCCUGGACUCACCGGAACUUGAAGAUGGUGCAGAGAGCAUCCCUAACCUUCAAUAUCUCGUCUUCGGAUUGGGCAACCGAACAUACACAGAGUUUAACGGUACCGCACGUAAAAUGGACGCCAAAUUACAAGCUUUAGGCGCUAGACGUAUUGGAGAGAGAGGUGAAGGUGAUGAUAACAAGAGUAUGGAGGAGGAUUAUCUCGCUUGGAAGGAUGGCGCUUUCGAGGCACUCGCGAAAACACUCAACGUUGAAGAAGGAAACGCUGCUCAAGAGCCUGACUUUAGAGUUACAGAAAUUACUGAUAUUCCAGAGGAGAAAGUCUACCUCGGUGAACUCUCAGCUAGAGCUUUACAUGGUACGAAAGGUAUUCACGACGUCAAGAACCCAUAUGCAGCACCAAUCAUCAAAGCGGACGAUCUUUUUAAGGUUGGAACUGACCGUAGUUGCGUUCAAGUGGAACUAUCAACCGAAGGUAGCAACAUCAACUAUCAACACGGUGACCAUGUUGGCUUAUGGCCAGUCAACGCUGAAGUUUACGUCGAAAAUACCUUGAACAUCCUCGGCCUUGGUAACAAACGCCAAACUAUUAUUCAAAUUGAAUCUCUUGAUCCUGCUCUUGCAAAGGUACCGUUCCCUCAACCAACCACCUACGAAUCAGCCUUUAGACACUACUUGGACAUUUCAGUAGUAGUGUCUCGUCAAACACUUGCACUUUUCGCAAAGCAUGCUCCAAAUGAACAAGCUAAGAAGGUAUUAACAGAGUUAGGUACUAACAAGGAUAAGUAUAAAGAAGUUGUUUCAGACCACUCAAUGAAAUUAUUUGAAGUACUCGAAUAUGCCGCAAAGGAAACAUGGAAAAUCCCAUUCGAUGAUAUUGUGUCAUCAAUUCCACGCCUUCAACCACGUUAUUACUCAAUCUCAUCAUCUCCAAAACUAAACCCAAAUUCUAUCCAUAUCACAGCGGUAGUUCUGCAAUACAAGUCUGUAGGAAAUUCAAACAAGAAUGUAUAUGGAUUAGCAACAAAUUACGUUCUCAACAUUAAACAAUCAAUUAAAAAUGAAAACAUUGCAUACAGUGCUCCAGUAGAUGCACAAUUGGUAGCACCACCAAAGUAUGCCAUCCAAGGACCAAGAGGAGCUUAUACUCGCGAUGGCGGAUUUAAGGUACCUAUUCAUGUUCGUAGAUCAAACUUUAGAUUACCAAAUUCACCGAAGAUUCCAAUUAUCGCAAUUGGUCCGGGAACUGGUGUUGCGCCAUUUAGAGGUUUUGUUCAAGAGAGAGUACACCUUGCUCGUCGUUAUAAAGAAAAGAAAGGAGAGGAGGCUCUCAACGAUUGGGGUAAAUUUUACCUUUUCUAUGGAUGCAGAAAAGGUGAUGAGGAUUACCUCUAUAAAGAUGAAUGGCCUGAAUAUGGUAAGGAGUUGGGUGAUACAUUUGUCAUGAAGACUGCAAUUUCUAGAGAAGGUGACAAGAAGGUCUAUGUUCAAGAUCACAUUUGGGAAGCCAGACAGGAAUUAGCAGAUGCAAUCUUGGAAAAGCGUGCUUAUAUUUACAUCUGUGGUGAUGCUAGCAACAUGGCAAGACAGGUUGAAGAGACACUCCAACGCAUUCUUGGAGAAGCCAGAGGUGGAACGAUGGAGAAUGAAGGUGCACAAGAGAUUCGUCUUCUCAAGGAAAGAAAUAGAAUUCUCACGGACGUCUGGUCAUAGAUGGUUUAAUACAGAUAACUAUAGAUAAUAUAUCAUUUUAAUACAUUUCACUUUUAUAUUUU